UCGGCAACCCGGAGGCGUCCCUUGAGUCUGGUCCGCUUUCUGUCCCUCGGGAAGGAGGGCGACGGGCCGCUUAGGUUGGGCAGGAGCCGUUUUUCCACAGGCAUAAUCUUUUUCCAGCAAAACAAGUUUUUUAUGCUCUUCUCUGAAGAACCAGAGAAAAGGUGACCAGGAAGCACAUUCUGCCUAGGCUUCUUGUUCUUCAGGCCCUCUUUCACUCUUACCAGAGAUUGCUGGAACAAUGCUGAUCCAUGAAGGCUUCCAUGGGUUCCUGUCUUGGAGGUCCUAGCUGACAAGACUUGUCCUCGGGAUUUUACAUGAUUUGACUUUGGAUUCUCCCUCUUUAUUGGUUGCUGUUCCUUUCAACACUGUCUGCCCAAUCUCUCAUGGAUAAACCAUAACAGAGAUAACUAUGGAGGAGGAAUUUUUAGAAUACCUUGUCUGUGCUUCUGAAAAACUACUACUUGAAUAUGGCCGAACUGCUGAUGAAAGUGAUGCAAAGAAGCUGCGAGAUCUUGUUAUGGUUAGGCUACGUGCACAGUACCUAAAUGAUUUGAGAAGAAUGCCGUAUUGUGCUUCACUCAAAAUAUGUGAUUUGUCUUGUAACUUCCUUACAAAUAUUGAUGCACUUGAAUAUUGCAUUAAUUUAAUUAAAUUGGAUCUCCAUAGUAAUCAGCUAGAAGUACUUCCUGGUCCAGUGUUUUGGGGAAACAUGAAGAAUUUAAAAUUAUUGUAUCUACAUGAUAACGGAAUUUCAACAUUGGAAAACGUGCACUCAUUAUCCUUUUGCCCUAAUCUUAUUGCACUGACCUUAUUUAACACUCCACUGUGCUUGAAAAUUGCCUAUAGGCACAUUGUUGUUAACAGCAUUUUUUCACUCAAGGCAUUAGACUACUAUGUCAUUUCUGAUGAAGAAAUAACCGAAGGUUGGAGACUACCUGAAAAAUACAAACCAUUUACUCUGGACUUUUUUGUUGACUUUUGCCCUCUUUCUGGAAAGGAUACUACAUUUCAGGAAGAAAUGAAAACAGUAAGAAAUAUAAUUUCCAAGAUCAAUCAGGUUCUAGUUCAUCAUUCUCCAAUCUUGAUUAUUCAGAGGUGGAUCAGAGGACAUUUAAUUAGAAAAACAUUGUGCCUGAGUCCUGUAUGUGAAGUUCUGCGGUAUAACCGUUACAUCAGAGGUGGAAAAAAGCAACACGUAGCUUCCAUGAGUAGCUCUGUCUCUGAUAGUGUUAAGCUUGAACAGCAUACAAAACUUAAGAAAGGUACACCUGGAAUCCAAAUUAUAGAUAUGAACAAUCUUAAAGAAUUUCAUUUGACUUUAAGAAGAUUAAAACAUCCUGUUAUCUCAACCAUACUCAAACUGGAAGAAAAGAAAAAGAUUAAACAGAAGAAAUCAAGGUCAACAGGGAAGGAUUUCAUAGAGGGAGAAAAAACUGAAAUGGAAAGUAAGGAGAUGGCAACUACGUUUAGACUUUCAGGAUCUAAAAUGCCUUUUUAUUCACUGAAUGAACAACUGAAAAUAUAUGAAGAGAGACAGAAAGAUUUUUUUGAUAUUGCUCAUGACAUGCGUAACAUCACAUAUCCUAUACCACAAACUUUGCCAAUGCAUGAUCCUGGCAGCAUUGAAAGGAGAGUCUUUGCUAAAGCAUACGGAACUGUAAGACUUCACCCCUUACAUGCCAUUGAAAAAGCAUAUUGGGAAAGUCAGAAAUUGGAUCUGCAAGCUAAGAAGGAGCGAGAUGUUAUGCGGAUGUUGAUUGCUAAAAGUGAAGCUAAAGAAUAUAUCCGUCAGUUACAUGAGGGAAAAAUAGAGCAUAUUCAGAAGAAUUAUGAAGAGAAAAAGAUGAAGAUUGCAGAUCAUUUUAAAGAGUCCAAAAAAAGAAAAUCCAAGUUGUUUAUUAAGAUGAAAAAAAAAUAUAAUAAAUUUUUAGAAAAGAAGGAAGGAAAGACAAUAGAAAACUCAUUCAUUCAGCGCUUUAGCACUCAGCAUACUUCUUUGACUAGAGGUUUAUUAAAACUUGAUGGGUGGAGAAAAAGCCUGGAAGACCAAAAUGAAAAAAAAAAAGUUUUUCAAGAAAUUGUACAAGAACAAAAACAGCGAAAAGAGGUGUAUAAACAUUUUCAGGAGGAAAGGCAACACAUGUUACAAAGACAAAACAUGCAUGAGAAAACAUUUAGGAAAUAUGUGACGCGUGUAAUGGCAAGGGAGAGAUUUGAGCAAUCCAAGGCAAAACUUAAAGCCACGAAGGAACCCUGCAUGAAAGAAUUAUAUACAUUACCUCUCAUUGGCAGUUCUGGCACUGCAGUGCCUAUUGCAGAGUAUGAUGGUUAAGAAGAUUGCAACAGUCUACGAGCUUAUGCUACUUCAGCUGUGUAUUUCUUACAUGGAAAUAGCUUCCGAGCAAAGCCCUGUGCACAUUAAAAGGAACUGGCCACAAAUUGGAGCUUCCUGCUACAAUCACAUAACACAAAAUAGGCAUGUGGGUGCACAACACAUAACAAUGUACAUCUAUUCCCUACACAAAAGCAGUACAUACUUUAGAAAAUAUGCCCUGCGGAAAUUGAAGCAAGUGCUCUGGCUGCCAGGAAGUCAAGAAUAAAUGUUUAAAAUUCCCGGCCUCUGCAAAUAUAGUGUAACAAACAGAUGUGAACCUCUUAGAUCACGAUCACUUCAGAAUCAAAUCUAUGGGCUAAUAAACAAUGAAAAUCUAAGGUUCGCCUCAUAAGAUUGGCUUCCCUACAGUCAAAGCACAGUUAUUAAUAGUGUUAUACUGCUGACAGUAGUUUUAUUUUUGUUCAUAGUAGUCUUUCAGUCCACGCUUUUUUUUUUUUUUUAGGUGAAUGGAACCAAUAAUAUUAUAUAGUUCAUGGUAGAUAAGCCAGGAUUUCAUGUCUGAACUCUGGGAUAUAUUAGGAAUGAAUUGGCUUUUUUCCAUUGCUGAAUCUGGAUAUUUUAUCCAAACUUUUUCCCUCCAAAAUCUAAUUUUGGCUUUUCAUCCUGAGAAGUAAACUGUUAUAACAGUUAUUGAAAACAGUUGAAAAGCAAAAUAACAAUCCCCAGAUUAUUCUUUGGGUAGAAAAUCAGCUAAAUUGUUUUCAACAAUGAAUGUUCUGGCUUAUUUUGGGGAGGCAGCAGGGCUGUUUACCAUGCAGUUUGACACCUGUUCUUAGAAACACUGCUCAGAAACUAUUGCUAGCAUUAGUGCUGUGUCCUUGGUCACAUAACCUAGGACAGUGUUGUCCAAACUUGGCCACUUUAAGAUGAGCUGGCUGGGGAA